AUGUUUACUCCUCAGGAGACGCCCGCUUCUAAAUCAGGGCCCAGACCCACUUGCACACCGGACCUGACGCCCAUAUCUACCCCAGAGGCGACGCCCGCCACUACAACGGGGCCCACGUCCACUUGCACAUCAGACCUGACGUCAAUGUCUACCCCUGAGGCGACGCCCGCCACUAUAACGGGGCCCAGACCCACUUGCACACCAGACCACCAGACCGGACGACCAUGUCUACUUCUUAGGCGAACCCGCCACUACAACGGGUCUCAGACACACUUGCACACCAGACCUAACGCGCAUGUCUCCCCUGAGGCGACGCCCGCCACUUCAACGGGGCCCACGUCCACAUGCGCUCCAGACCCGACGCCCAUGUCUACUCCUAAGGCGACGCCCGCCACAAAAACGGGGCCCAGACCCACUUGCACACCAGACCUGACGCCCAGGUAUACCACUAAUGCGACCCCCGACACAACAAUGGGGCCCAGAUCCACCUGCGAACCAGACCCGAUGCCCACGCCUACUUCUGAGGAAACGCCCGUCACUACACCAGGACCCACGACAACCUGGGGACCAGACCCGACACCAACGUAUACUCUCAAACGACGCCGGCCACUACAACAGGGUCCAGAAAAACUUGCACACCAGAUCCGACGCCCAUGUCUACUCCUAAGGCAACGCCCGCCGCUACAACAGGGCCCACUUCAACAUGCGCACUAG